GUACUGAAUUUCUCUCUCUAGAAGGAAGUGGAAGAGGAAUCCUUGAAUCAAAUUCAGAUUUGUAGAGAGAGAGAGAAAGAAGAAGAAAGCUAUGGGAGAUUAUCACUUCGUGUACAAGGACUUAGAAGGAGCUUCAACUCAAUGGGAUGAUAUUCAAAGAAAGCUUGGAAAUCUGCCUCCAAAGCCACCAGCUUUCAAGCCACCACCAUUCACUCCCGCACCCGAUCCUGAUACCCUUCCCAAAGACAAAGCAUGGCUCGAUUCUAAAACCGAAGAUGAACUCCAAGACCUUGAAGAUGAUCUCGAUGACGAUCGAUUCCUAGAGGAUUACAGGAAGAAGAGGUUAGCUGAGAUGCAGGAGGCGGCCAAAGUUUUGAGGUUUGGAUCAGUGAUUCCUAUUUCGGGAUCUGAUUUCAUUCGAGAGGUUUCGCAGGCUCCAUCUGAUGUUUGGGUGGUUGUCAUCCUUUACAAAGAAGGGAUUCCUGAAUGUGGGCUCUUGAUGCAAAGCAUUGAAGAACUGGCUGCUAAAUAUCCUGCCACAAAAUUUGUCAAGAUAAUAUCUACUGAUUGCAUUCCCAAUUACCCGGAUCGAAAUCUUCCUACUUUAUUGGUGUACAACAAUGGAGCAGUCAAAGGAAAUUAUGUGGGUAUGCAUAGUUUUGGACGAAGAUGCACUCCUGAAGGUGUUGCAUUAGUCCUGUGCCAAUCAGAUCCUGUACUUAAUGAUGGCCAGAGCAGAAAUGAGCAAUCAAGAGAAGCUGUCAUUGAAGGAGUUCGCAAGAGGUUUAUAGAGAAAGUUGUCGCUGAUCAUGAAGAAGAUGAAGAUGAUUCCUCAAGCGAUUAGCAUUUUUCCUUGUCUUUUUUCUUUUUUUUUGGGGUACAUGUCUUUGUCUUUAUUUGGAUGUUUCCAUUUGAAAAAGUGAAGCAAUACAUCUAUGGGAUUUUGUUCCUUCCACGACUUUGGUUCUUUUUUCCCCCUCCCCAAUAUCUUUUAGUUUCUCUCUACUUUGUGGGAUAAGGUUUGGUUUCUUGUAGUCUUUUCUAACUUAAAGUGUACAAGUCUGAUGUGUGACUCCUCAUUUUCUUGUCCAUAGACAGUAAAUUAAUUCAAGUUUGCAUUCUCGU